AUGAAGAGCACAGCGGUGGCGCUCUUGCUGCUGGUGGCGGUGCAAUGUCUCGCGCUGGGGUCUCGCACGGCCGCGGCCGCGAAGGUGCGGCGGACAAGGCAGGGCGACUACCUGAACCGGCUGCGCGGGUCGCCGUCCUCCCGCGCGUCCUGGGAGUCGCUGGCGGCCGUGGAGGAGGAGGAGACGACGACGAAAGCGACGGGUAGAACCGCGCCGGCGGCGGCUGCGGCGGAGGCCGGGCGCAAGGAGGCCGACCGCGUGGAGGCGCUGCCCGGGCAGCCGAGCGGCGUGGACUUCGCACAGUACGCCGGGUACGUGACGGUGGACGCGGCGGCCGGGCGCGCGCUGUUCUACUACCUCGCCGAGGCCGUCGGCGGGAACGGCGACGGGUCGUCGUCCAAGGGCAAGCCGCUCCUGCUCUGGCUCAACGGCGGCCCGGGGUGCUCGUCGCUGGGGUACGGCGCCAUGGAGGAGCUGGGCCCGUUCCGCGUCAUGAGCGACGGCAAGACGCUCUACCGCAACCCCUACUCCUGGAACCACGCGGCGAACGUGCUGUUCCUGGAGAGCCCGGCGGGGGUGGGGUACUCGUACUCGAACACGACGGCGGACUACGGCCGGAGCGGGGACAACCGGACGGCGGAGGACGCGUACCUGUUCCUGGCUAACUGGAUGGAGCGCUUCCCGGAGUACAAGGGCCGCGAGUUCUACAUCACCGGCGAGAGCUACGCCGGCCACUACGUGCCGCAGCUGGCCCACGCCAUCCUCCGCCACGCCUCCCCGGCCAUCAACCUCAAAGGCAUCAUGGGCCGGUUUGGGUGGUGUGAAAAACAGAUUGGGAACGCGGUGAUCAACGACUGGACGGACACCAAGGGCAUGUACGACUUCUUCUGGACGCACGCGUUCAUCUCCGACGAGACGGCCGCCGGCAUCGACAAGAACUGCAACUUCACGGCCGCCGGCGCCGGCGCGGCGACGAGCGCGCUCUGCGACGACGCGUCGGACGAGGCCGGCGAGAGCCUUCGGGACAUCGACAUCUACAACAUCUACGCGCCCAACUGCCAGUCGGAGAAGCUCGUCACGCCCCCCAUCGCCCCCUCGAUCGACAACUUUGAUCCGUGCACGGACUACUACGUGGACGCGUACCUCAACCGCCCGGACGUGCAGAAGGCGAUGCACGCCAACGUCACCCGCCUCGACCACCCCUGGUCGGCCUGCAGUGAAGUCUUGACACGCUGGGUCGACAGCGCCAAAACGGUCCUGCCUAUUAUCCGGGAGCUGAUGAAGAACAACAUCAGAGUCUGGGUUUACAGUGGAGACACUGACGGGAGGGUGCCCGUCACUUCCAGUAGGCUCUCUGUCAACCAGCUCCAGCUCCCAGUGGCAGCGAAAUGGAGGCCAUGGUUCAGCAGCACCAAGGGUGCCGGAGAGGUGGGUGGAUACAUUGUGCAGUACAAGGGUGAUCUCAGCUUGGUAACUGUCAGAGGAGCAGGCCAUGAGGUCCCCAGCUACCAGCCGCGGCGAGCCCUUGUGCUUGUCCAGAAUUUCCUCGCAGGCAAAGCUCUCCCUGACUGCAAAGAAUGCGAACAAGAUUAG